AUUCCGCGUAUAUCAUGUCAUUCUGACAACUCAAAAUGUGAGUCAUUCAGAUCAUUACUACAAAAACAAUGAACCUAUCAAAAAUUCCAGUAAUAACCAAAAUCUUGAAACCAUGCUGCAGACAUUACUUCAAAUAUACCUCACCAUCGCCUGUGUGUCCUCCAACGGCACCAUAUAAGUUCACCGUAACACUCAUGGACGCAUCAACUAAUAUGGGCCAAGCUUUGGCUCUUAUGUUGAAACAGAACUCGCUUGUAGAGGAAUUAAGGCUUUUUGAUGACAAAGAUACCAUUGGGAUUGGUAUGGACCUCAGUGACAUUGAUACAUCCACUAGAAUACUUGCUUACACUGGCGAAGAAAAUCUCACAGAAGCUUUAACAGAUACGAAUUUGGUCAUAAACUGUGGAGGUCAUUCGGCAAAUCCGUUCGAAAGCUAUGAAGAUCUAUUUGAAAGGAACGCCGAAGACGUAAGGAGAACCGCCAUUUACUUGACCGAGUUCAAUAGGAAUGCAGUUUUUUGUAUUGCUCGACCACCUGUUGAAUCUUUGGUUCCUAUGGUUUAUCAGGAGUAUCGUAGGGCAGGGGUGAAAGUACCAGAAGUGAAGAUCAUCGGAGCUGCAAACUAUUAUUCCAUGAGGGCGAAUCAUUGGAUUGCGAAGUUCAUGAACGUGGACGCUUUCCAUGUGACAUGCCCCAUUGUUGGUGGUGCGUCUCCAGAAACUGCUAUUGCCGUCAUGUCUGGUUCAAAUCCAGGAAAAAAAUUGACCGAUCCGCGAAUUCUUAAUGCCAUUCAAGAAGGUAUGGCUUAUGGAGAAGAACGAGUACUGGGUAUCACGAUACAUGAGGAAGCGAGCUCUGCAGCAUUUGCCCCCGCUGUUGCUGCAUAUCGCCUGAUAAAUAAGAUUUUGAAGGGACUAAGGGGUGAUGAAGACACUUAUGACUGCGCGUUCGUUAAACAAGAGGGCCAUCUAAAGAAAUUUCUGCCUUACAUGACUUCUAUAGUGAAAUUUGGAAGACACGGUGUCUACGACACCCAUAUGCCAGACAUGGUGGGAAGUGAGCUCUAUCGUUUGAAAAAUUCCUAUCCAGUUUUGAGAGCUUACAUACAUUUGGGCGAAAAAUAUGUUCACGGCGUUCCUCUGCCACCUGCAAAACUACCCUGCAAUAGACCUUGCAUUCUGACCAAGACGAAAACUGUUGAAGACCAGCGGAAUCCACUGAAAGUCAAGAUACACAAUCCUGCAGAUUAUGACAAAUGCGGUAGAAUUGAAGAACGAAGAGACUAUGGAGAAUCCUGUAAUUCAUGAGUCGAAGUAAAUUCUAUCCGCCAAUAAAUGCAACUUUUCA